CCGGAGCGCGGAGGCAGCGCGGAGGGCCGGGGCCGCCGCCGCCAUGGGCAACGCGGGGAGCGUGGACGCGCAGCAGACGGAGUUCCGGGCGCACAGCGUGCCCCUCAAGCUGCCCAUGCCCGAGCCCGGCGAGCUGGAGGAGCGCUUCGCCGCCGUGCUGAAUGCGAUGAACUUGCCGCCUGACAAAGCCAGGUUAUUGAGGCAGUAUGACAACGAGAAGAAGUGGGAGCUCAUCUGUGAUCAGGAAAGAUUUCAAGUGAAGAAUCCUCCACAUACAUAUAUCCAAAAACUAAAGGGCUAUCUUGAUCCUGCUGUGACCAGGAAGAAAUUCAGAAGACGAGUCCAAGAAUCAACUCAAGUACUCCGAGAACUGGAAAUUUCUUUAAGAACAAAUCACAUCGGGUGGGUCAGGGAGUUCUUGAAUGAAGAAAACAAGGGCCUGGAUGUUCUGGUGGAAUAUUUGUCAUUUGCACAGUAUGCAGUCACUUUUGACUUUGAAAGUUUGGAGAACAAUGUGGAAAACUCAAUGGACAAAUCCAAACCUUGGAGCCGAUCUAUUGAAGACCUGCACAGAGGAAGUAAUUUACCCUCACCGGUUGGCAAUAGCAUCUCCCGCUCUGGCAGACACUCCAAUUUACGGUAUAAUACCUUGCCAAGCCGAAGAACGCUAAAAAAUUCCAGAUUAGUGAGUAAAAAAGAUGAUGUUCAUGUCUGCAUCAUGUGUUUACGUGCCAUAAUGAAUUACCAGUAUGGAUUCAAUAUGGUCAUGUCACAUCCACAUGCUGUUAACGAAAUUGCACUAAGUUUGAACAACAAGAAUCCCAGAACGAAAGCCCUCGUCUUGGAACUGCUGGCAGCAGUUUGUCUGGUCAGAGGAGGGCACGAAAUCAUUUUAUCUGCAUUUGAUAACUUCAAGGAGGUUUGUGGGGAGAAACAGCGCUUUGAGAAGCUAAUGGAGCACUUCCGAAAUGAAGACAACAAUAUUGACUUUAUGGUGGCCUGCAUGCAGUUCAUCAACAUCGUUGUCCACUCGGUGGAAGACAUGAACUUCAGAGUCCAUCUGCAGUAUGAAUUUACAAAAUUAGGCCUGGAUGAGUAUCUGGAUAAACUUAAGCACACGGAGAGUGACAAACUGCAGGUGCAAAUUCAAGCCUACUUGGAUAAUGUUUUUGAUGUGGGAGCUUUGCUUGAGGAUGCUGAAACCAAGAAUGCAGCCCUGGAAAGAGUUGAAGAACUGGAAGAAAAUAUUUCUCAUUUAUCUGAAAAACUCCAAGAUACAGAGAACGAAGCUAUGGCAAAGAUUGUGGAACUGGAAAAACAACUUAUGCAGAGAAACAAAGAACUGGAUGUGAUUCGGGAAAUCUACAAAGAUGCAAAUACCCAGGUUCAUACGUUGAGAAAAAUGGUCAAAGAAAAAGAGGAAGCCAUCCAGCGACAGUCAACGCUGGAGAAAAAGAUCCAUGAACUGGAGAAGCAGGGGACCAUUAAAAUCCAGAAGAAAGGUGAUGGGGACAUCUCCAUUCUUCCUGUGGCUCUGGCUUCCAGCAUGUUGCCAGCAGGGUCAGAAGCCGUAGCUGGCACAUGUGUUGGACCAGGCGCUGGAGUUGCAUCUUCAGUACCGUUGCCACCACCUCCACCACCAUUACCAACCUUAGCAGCAGCGUCCGAGGCAGUGCAAAACGGUCCUGUAACAGUGCCAAUGCCACCUCCGCCUCCACCACCGCCUCCACCACCGCCACCACCGCCUCCUCUCCCAGGCCCAGCUCAAGAGACAGCUCCUGCAGCUCCACUACCCCCACCGCCCCCGCCGUCAGCACCCCCCUUGCCAGGAACUGCCUCUCCCACUGUGGUUUUCAACUCAGGACUUGCAGCUGUGAAAAUCAAGAAGCCCAUCAAGACCAAGUUCCGCAUGCCCGUGUUUAACUGGGUCGCCCUCAAGCCCAACCAGAUCAAUGGGACGGUGUUCAACGAAAUCGAUGACGAGAGGAUCCUGGAGGAUUUAAAUGUGGAUGAAUUUGAAGAAAUAUUCAAAACAAAAGCCCAAGGUCCAGCCAUUGAUCUUACUUCAAGCAAGCAAAAGAUAACUCAGAAAGGAUCAAACAAAGUCACGUUACUGGAUGCAAACAGGGCCAAAAAUCUUGCCAUUACUUUAAGAAAAGCUGGGAAGACAGCAGAUGAAAUAUGCAGAGCUAUCCACGUAUUUGACCUGAAAACAUUGCCAGUGGAUUUUGUUGAAUGUCUGAUGCGGUUCUUGCCCACUGAGAACGAAGUGAAAGUGCUGCGGCUCUACGAGCGGGAGAGGAAGCCCAUCGAAAACCUCUCUGAUGAAGACCGCUUCAUGAUGCAGUUCAGCAAGAUUGAGAGGCUGAUGCAGAAGAUGACAAUAAUGGCAUUUAUAGGCAACUUUGCAGAAAGCAUCCAGAUGCUGACUCCCCAACUUCACGCAAUAAUAGCUGCAUCUGUCUCAAUAAAGUCAUCCCAAAAGCUUAAGAAAAUACUGGAGAUAAUCUUGGCUCUGGGUAACUACAUGAAUAGCAGUAAACGAGGAGCUGUUUAUGGAUUUAAGCUGCAGAGUUUAGAUCUGCUCUUGGAAACAAAGUCAACAGACCGAAAACAAACGCUGUUGCACUAUAUUUCUAAUGUUGUCAAAGAGAAGUACCAGCACGUGUCCCUCUUUUACAAUGAGCUUCAUUACGUGGAGAAGGCCGCCGCAGUGUCUCUGGAAAACGUCCUCUUGGAUGUGAAGGAGCUGCAGAGAGGCCUAGACCUGACAAAGCGAGAAUACACCAUGCAUGACCACAACACAAUGCUGAAGGAAUUCAUUCAGAACAAUGAAGGAAAGCUAAAGAAACUGCAGGAUGAUGCAAAAAUAGCCCAGGAUGCCUUUGAUGAUGCUGUGAAAUAUUUUGGGGAGAAUCCCAAGACAACACCUCCCUCAGUCUUUUUCCCAGUGUUUGUCCGAUUUGUGAAAGCCUACAAGCAAGCAGAAGAAGAGAAUGAGUUGAGAAAAAAGCAGGAACAGGCCUUAAUGGAAAAACUUAUGGAACAAGAAGCACUGAUGGAACAACAGGACCAAAAGUCUCCUUCACAUAAAACAAAAAGACAGCAGCAAGAGCUCAUUGCAGAGCUCAGGCGGCGGCAAGUCAAGGAUAAUCGACAUGUGUAUGAAGGGAAGGAUGGUGCCAUUGAAGAUAUUAUCACAGCCCUAAAGAAGAAUAAUAUCACUAAAUUUCCAAAUGUUCACUCGAGGAUCUUCGAAACCAGCCAUACCGACGGGCCGAUGCGGUGAGGAGAAGCGUUAGACGGCGCUUUGACGACCAGAACUUGCGCUCUGCAAAUGGUGCUGAAAUAACGAUGUGAGGUGGAGACCUGCAUGUGUAAAGUAAAGGGUUUGCUUGACUGAUACCUUGCCCAUGUGACUAAUGGGGGUCUGCCACUUAAUUACAGCCUUGGAAACAGUAAAAAUUACCUUCUAAAGGGCUCAGAGACCUACAAAAAUGCAUAGGAACGCCAGCGAUGGGCUCUCCACUCAGCUGUAGCUAACAAGUGCCUAAAGUUGAAGUACCUGCUCAAAUUAAUCAAAGCAAUAGGACUUGAUUUGAUUGGGUAUCUUUUUUACACCAAUACAUUAAUCAGUAUUUUUAACCAAAAUGUAAAAUAUAUGAUGUUGUUUUGGGGUGUUUGGGUCUAUAAAAGUUUAGUGACAGGUCUUCAGCUGACCUGACCUGGCUCCCGGCCGGUUGCGCACAGGUGAUGCUUGGACAUGCUCUGCCGUGGGCUGCGGAAGCUAAACGCGUUCCUGCGCCGUCGCUGAGGAACGGCCUUGGCUUCAGCUGCACUGAGUGAUUGGCUUCCUUUUCUCUUUUUUUUUUUUUCUUUUUCUUUUGGUUAGGAAAAAAGAAAAACCAAACAUGUAAGGGCUUUCCAUAUGUAAUAGGGAAAUAAUUACAGGCCUUGGCCCCUGCCUUUCCCCCACCAUGCAUAGGCUCCACACUGCUGCAGUGAGGAUGUGGUAGCACGUAGGUCAGUGAUCACAAGUUUUCUGUCAAUCAACUAAAAAACACUAUUUGUCACUUUUAGCUUCUGCUUUUGUAGCACAGUUCAGGGCUGGGGCAGAAGGACUCGGGGGGGGGGGGCACGAGAAGCGUUGCAAAGGCACAAAAGGAGGAGGGCGGAUACGGCCGUUACUUUUUUUUUUCUUUGGCUAGCAGCAGCUUUUGGAUAACAGUGUAUUUAUUAAUUAGCACUAAGGUAUUAACAUCUCCGUAAUCAGUAUUAAGGCGCCUGAGGACCAUUACAGAGAGGGGCGGCUAAUAACCCACCCCGAGCGCACCGCGCGCGGCCCGGGCAGCCCCCGCCGGCCCGAGCCGGGGCGCAGCCCGGCCAGCGCCCACAUCGCGUUUGCGGCGCUCGAGAAAGGGUAUCAAUUAGCCUUAGUUUAGGGCCACGACGCACACCUCGCUCCUGGUUUUACAUCGCUCUCCUGGUAGAAGAAGAAAGAGCUGAACUGAAGUGACCGCAGGGUACUUGGUCUUUUCAGAAGUGAACUGGACUGAAACUAAAUUUGUGCUUUCCAAGCAGCUACAUUUUGCUUACAGCUUACCUUCUCUGGUAUCAUUGCAUCAAUAUGUUAAUUGUAAAAUUUAUUGUAUAGUAUUUAACCACUGAAUUUCUUUUCUUUUACGUUGUGCUUAUGUGAACCACUGGUGAAGGUCCCAUUUUUCUUGGAUAAUGUGUAGUUAUAUGAUAAUCUGUUUUUAAAUGUACAGAUAUUUUGCUACAAAAUUGGUGCAGUUUUUUAUGGUUUUUACACUUCUCUUUUAUUCCCACUUCUGCCUCUGGGUAAUAUUGUAAAUAUUGUUUAAAAAAAAAUGCAUCAGCCUGUGCUAUACAAUCUGAAUGUUAUUUUAACUUAUAGUUUUUGUUUUUAUAUUUAACUAAAUGGACCAUUUGGGGCUCAGAGUUACCACAUUGACCGCUGCUUAACUAUUUGCAGGAAGUUUACUUUAAAAAUUGCCACCUUCUCGCAUCUACAGCCACGCGUACCUGACAUGCUGAAGAGAACAUGCCACGAUCGCCUUUCAUCACUGAUAGUGAUAGAAGAGCAUUUUAAUCUGUGUUUAAAAAGAUUGGCAAUUAAUUAAAUUAAUUUUUAGUCAAAUGGUUGGACAUACUAGCUCUCACAUUCUUUUAAGCUCAAAGGUAAUUUUUUUAAUUUAAGACAAAAAUUAUCAAUCAUGCAGAUAGAAUAUAAUACUGGCAUGUUCUCUUUAAUAUUUUUCUAGUAAUAGACCUGCUUCUUAGCAGUAUUAGAAGUGUUUUAUAAAAGCAGUUCCUGUUACUUUCCUGGUCUGUUCCUGGCAUAAGAUCAAAUAAACUAUUUACACUACUA